UUGAAGGUAAAUAAUCAUUGAAUGGGAUUAUUCAUUCAUCAUGUUUACGAUAGUAUUAACGCUAAUGUUUGCUUCCAUCCAUGUUUCCAUAGGAUCGGAACUUUGUGCAAUUCAUAAUUAUUCGGAAGUAUUUUUGGUUGUAGAACGUUGUUCAGAAAUAACUGUUUUUAAUGUCACCGUUCCAGCUGGUGAAACUCUGGAGUUCAACUUGAGAAAAGGAUCUAUUGUGACUCUGAAGGGCACUAUCACUUUCGGAUUUCAUGCUUGGAGUGGACCUUUAUUGGAAUUCAAAGGAGACGGAAUCACGGUUCAAGGAACAAGAAAUUCUGUGAUUAACGGUCAAGGCGAACUCUAUUGGGAUCAUAAGGGUGACAAAGGAAUAACCAAACCACAACUAAUCAACGUAGUUGCAUCCGGCGGUUCACUUUUUAAGGAUCUUUAUGUGAAGAAUUGCCCACAUCAUUGCUUUUUUAUCAAAAACAGUGAGAAUAUUUUUGUGUCUGGAAUCACUCUUGAUGUAUCAGAGGGGGAUAAAGUAUCACUAACUUUGGAAUAAAUAUACAACAGGAUUACAAAGAUGGAGAAGGUACCGGCAAACCAUCCAGUAAUAUUCCAAUCAUACACUUGGUGUUGAGUAACAUUACUGGCACCAUGAAUGGUAACGAUUCGAAACCAAUACAAAUCAUUUGUGGUGAUACCGGCUGCUUGAACUGGGAGUGGUCUGACAUCUCUAUUACAAGCAAUUCAACACCAAGCAAUUGUAAUUAUUCACCUGCUGGAUUUUCUUGUUGAGAGUGGUUUUGUGAUUUUAGAAUUAGUGAGGUUGCCUGUAUAAUCAUGAUUUCACUUUGUAUAAUGCAAUAUUAUUCUGCCA